ACAGUCAGCCCUACAUAGUUCUCUGGAAGCCUGCAACAUGAAACCUAGAGCCUGCCUCAUUUUAUGUUUUGCUCUCUGCCUCUGUCUUGGGGAAGGGCAAGACAAAAACAGCAAGAAAACUAGCAAAGAAGAGCCAGUCAAGUUCAACACCAAGAACCGAGAUGCUUGUGAAAUGACAGUGAGCGGGCAGGAGGAUUUGAAACUCAAAAUUACCUGCACCAAACCAGGCAGCUCCUACUGGUGUGAAUACACUGGCAAGCCAUCCAUCUGCCGUUCCUUUAACACCAACCCCAAGCAGUACUGGCACCAGGUCAGCCUGGAACUGAGGAAAACCACCAACGCCUGCCAGGGCAGCUCAGUGCUGAAGCCAAACAUGUGUCAAAAGGCUCCAGCUGAUGCUCACAUGAAACAAGUGGCUUCGAGCUUCAAGGCAGCUAUGCAGAAACCUGCCCCUGUCAAACCUGCCCAAGCAAAGCCAGCCUCAAAAGCACCGCCAGUUAAGAAGGCUCAGAAACCAGCCCAGAUCAAACCAAGUCCGAGCAGUCAGAGUGAGGCCGACAAGAUGGCAGAGGAGCACUGCUGGGAGUCUCUUCAGGGCAUUUGCUCCUACUUCAUUGGCCUAUUCCAAGGUUAAAAACAGGUCAGAAUCCACUGCCAAGAAGAUUUCAGACUCUGCUUUACUUUAUUCAGGAUGGGAUCACUUGGACACAGUCCACUUUAUAGGCUCCACUAGCAUAAUUACAAUAAGAAGUAAUAUAUAUAAUCAUCAAUGUUAAUAACUUACUGUCAAUAAAGUCUGUUUCUUUUUGUAA